AUGAAACUCAUGGAUCAGUUCAAAAAUGGAACACUGCCUCUAAGUGUGACUAAUGUGCAGCUUUGGGAGGUGCAGAAGAUUAAACAGGCCAUCAUCCAUCUAGACACAGGAGAGAAGAUCCCCAUGCCCUUUCGCAUGUCAGGUUUUAUGCCCUUUGGUACUCCGGUGGUUGUGGGCCUCUUUUUACCCAAUCAGACAUUUGCUUCUACCAUCUUCAGGCAGGGGCUGAACCAGAGCCACAAUGCCUGUGUCAACUACUGCAACCGUAAUGCAUCUCAGCCCACGCCAAUGUCAAUGUUUUUCCAGGGUUACUUCAGUGCAGUCAGCAGGGCAGUUCACAUGCAUGUGGGGCUGAAUCUUCUCAUUAAAAGAGCUGAGAAUUACAGUCCAGCUACAAGACUCCUGGUCCAUAGGUUCAUCUCAUUCCCUGCUGUUGCAUUGGAUGAUAAAGGCGAUGUGGUGGGCACCUCAAAGCUGGUUUCCAGGCAUGUGAUUAUGGAUCCUUUUGCACCUCUGAUAGAGACAUCCUUGACUCAUGUCGUGCUGCCCAUGCCUGUUCUCCUGCUGCCGUCUUUAAUAAUGGCCGUGCUGGAGAGGCUCCCUCUGCUGCAGAAGCGCCCUCGUCUCGGGCUGCCUGUUCACAGCAUGGUGUGUCUCUGCAUGUUCGGCCUAGCGCUGCCUGUUGCCAUCAGCCUGUUCCCCCAAAACAGUCAGAUCCACGUGUCAGACCUCGAGCCAGAGAUUGCUGCUGCAACAGAGUGCAAGAUCCUGACUUACAACAAGGGUCUUUAA